CAAAACAUUGAUAUUCCGGUCAGCAUCGUUUGUCCCAAAUUUUCUGUGCAUAUCGAAAAUGGCCGGUGAUGCCGAUAAGACGGUGGAAAUUAGCCAAGCGGAACGCCUGGAGGACGCGAAAAUCCCAUUCUGGAAGAAGCGUCGCUAUCACGUCGUUAUCAUGGCAUUCUUCGGAUUGUUUAAUCUCUACACACUCAGGUUUAAUCUGAGCGUGGCGAUUGUGGCAAUGACUGAGAAGCACAAUGUCACUCUCGAUGAUGGAACGAUUGUGGAGCAGCAGGACUUCGAUUGGGACUCAAAGCAGCAAGGAUUCAUCCUCAGUUCCUUCUUCUACGGCUACAUCGCCACACAGUUGAUUGGCGGCGUCUUAGGCUCGAGAUUUGGUGGUCAUUUGAUAUUCGGAAUAGGACUUAUUAUAUCGGCUGUCCUGGCGCUAUUAAUCCCAAUUGCGGCCAAGACUCACUUGGCUUUGUUCCUCACAGCCAGAAUCCUGCAGGGAUUCUUUGGAGGAAUUGUUUUUCCAUCGAUUCUCGCCAUUUGGUCCGAAUGGGCGCCAAUUUACGAGCGAUCUCUGAUGGGAAAUAUUGCUUACACUGGCAAUUAUGUUGGCGCAAUUGCCGCGAUGCUCCUUUCUGGCGUCCUGAGCGUCGCCUGGGGAUGGGAAAGCAUAUUCUACGUAUUCGGUACAAUUGGGUGCAUUUGGUACGUUUUGUGGAUUUUCUUGGUGAAAUCAAACCCAGAAGUUGAUCCUUUCAUCACAGAAGCGGAAAAGAGAUAUAUUCUAUCGAGUAUUGGAGAUCGCAGCAAAGGAAGAACAAUUAAGCAUCCUUGGAAGGACAUUUUCACAUCGUCAGCUGUUUGGGCUGUUGUGGCAGCAAAUUUCACAGCCAUGUGGGGAUUUUACACUCUCCUGACUCAAUUGCCGAUGUUCUUGAAUGAUACCCUGGAUUUCAAUCUUGAUACAACUGGGAUUAUGGCUGCUAUUCCUUAUAUAGCUAUGGUUGGACUUCUCUUCUUAUCAGGCUACCUUGCUGAUUGGCUGCAGAUCAAAGGAUAUCUGAGGACAGGACAAGUCCGAAGAUACUUCAAUUGCGGAGCUUUCAUCGCUCAAAUGGCUUUCAUGCUUCUCACGGCCUUUAUCACCAAUCCCACCUUAAGCAUCGUCUUCAUAACACUCGGCGUGGGCGCCGGAGCCUUUCCCUGGUCAGGAUACGUAGUUAAUGGUCUGGAUUUGGCUCCCAGUCACGCAUCUGUUAUAAUCGGUCUGUCAAACACCUUCGGAACUCUCUCUGGGAUCUUGAGCCCUAUUGUGAUGGGCUAUAUUGUUACGGACAAAAGUCGGUCGCAGUGGCAGAUUGUCUUCUAUAUAACGGCUGCGAUUUACCUCUUUGGUUCGGUGUUCUGCUGGUUCUUCGUCAGAGGACGACUUCAGCCCUGGGCAAAGAUUGAUCGUGAGGAAUUGGCGGCGAAGCAUGCGAAAUAUGACAGUGAUAAAACUACUGAGACUAUUGAAAAAAUGCACAUUGAAGCAAGUGCCGCGAAACAAUUGGAAGAUAGUGAGCUGAAAAUUUGGAAAAAGCGUCGUUAUCAUGUUGUUUUCAUGAUCUUUUUGGGAUUGUUUAUCCUUCUGAAUCUGCGAAUUAAUCUCAGUGUUGCAAUUGUGGCAAUGACGCAGAAAACUAACGUUACUCUUGAUGAUGGAAGCACAAUUGAGCAUCAAGAAUUCGAUUGGGAUUCUAAGACACAAGGUUAUAUUCUCAGUUCGUUCUUCUAUGGAUAUGUUGUGUCUCAGUUUCUAGGAGGAUUUCUGGCAUCUCGAUUCGGUGGCCAUCUGAUAUUCGGAUUAACCCUGGCAAUGACAGCUGCACUCGCCUUGUUAACGCCAAUCGCCGUAAAGACGCACUUAUCUCUGUUUUUCAUCGUAAGGAUACUCCAAGGAUUUGCAGGAGGUGGCACUUUUCCGGCUAUAAUUGCCAUCUGGGCUGAAUGGGCGCCUGUUUAUGAACGAUCUUUCAUGGGAAAUAUUUCUUAUACCGGCAAUUAUGUGGGAACAAUUGCUGCGAUGCUUUUCUCUGGCCUAAUAAGUGUGGCUCUAGGUUGGGAAACCAAUCCACAAGUUGAUCCAUUUAUAAAUGAGAUUGAGAAAGAGUACAUAUUAUUGUCCUGCAGUGGAAAUAGAAAGAAGGACCAGAAGAUCAGACAUCCUGUUAAGGAUAUUCUCACAUCAGGACCAGUUUUAGCCAUUGUUGUCGCUAAUUUCACGGCUCUGUGGGGAUCUUCAGUCCUUCUCACGCAGUUGCCCACGUUUCUCAAUGACACUCUAGAUUUUAACUUGGACACAACUGGAAUCCUGUCUGCUAUUCCUUAUGUGGUUCUCGUGUGCGUUCUCUUCGUGUCUGGCUACUUGGCAGACUGGCUUCAGGUGAAAGGAUAUCUCAGAACUGGACAAGUCCGUCGCUACUUCACGUGCGGAUCUUUCCUCGUGCAAACCAUCACGAUGCUUCUCACGGCUUUCACGACCACUCCAAUCUUAAGUGUCGUCUACAUAUCGAUAGGCGUCGGCGCAAGUGCACUGACUUGGUCAGGAUACUUCGUAAACGCCUUGGAUAUUGCUCCCAGUCAUGCAGCCUUUAUCACAGGCAUUUCCAGGACAAUUGGAACCCUUUCCGGAAUCAUCAGUCCCAUCCUCACAGGAUAUAUUGUGACGGAGAAGAGUCGGGAACAGUGGCAGAUCAUUUUCUACCUCACAGCGGGCAUUUUCCUGACAGGAACUCUUGUCUACUGGUUCUUCAUGUCGGGAACUAUACAACCCUGGGCCAAAUUAGAUCUCAAAGAGUUGGAGAAAAGUACAAACUUGAGUACAAAUGAUGAACGAAAGCCUUCGCAAAUUUGA